GAGUAAUAAAAACAUCAUCACCAAGACCGAUCGAGCAAAAAAAAAAAAAAAACUUCUUGGUCUCGUUUUACGUCUCUGGGAAGAUGAAAGACAGAGAAGAAUCAUCUGGCUCUUCAGGAUCAGCAUCAAACAACCCUAACGGUGAACACGAGCCUCCUCGAGAAAUCAACAUCAGACCAUUCUCUUCUGUCCCUUCUUCUCCUCGUAACGCUUCUUCCAAAUACGAUUUCGUCAAGGUGAAGGUGUGGCUUGGAGAUGCAGAUCAUUACUAUGUUCUGUCUCGGUUCUUGGUCUGUAGAAUGUUAACUGUAACUAAGAUUCCAAAUCACGUGGCUGUGAAGAUUGCUCUUGAGCUAAAGAAGCUUCUCAUUGACAACAGUCUUCUUGAUGUGUCUCAGAAAGAUUUGGAAACCAGUUUGUUUAUGCUUAUGGAGCGACGAGGGUAUGGGAAGGAGUAUGUUAAUCGCUACAAUAUGAUGACAAAAUUUCAUCAUCAGAGAGUACCUCUUGUGAUACUUGUGUGUGGAACAGCUUGUGUUGGCAAGUCCACAAUAGCUACACAACUUGCUCAGAGACUUAACUUGCCUAACGUCUUACAUACUGACAUGGUGUAUGAGCUGCUCCGUACAGCAACUGAUGCUCCUUUGACAUCAACCCCUGUAUGGACACGAGAGUUCGGAUCAUCAGAGGAGCUGAUAACUGAGUUUUGUAGAGAAUGCAGAAUUGUUCGUAAAGGACUUGCUGGUGAUUUGAAGAAGGCAAUGAAAGAUGGGAAACCCAUUAUAAUUGAGGGAAGACAUUUAGAUCCAAGCAUAUACUUAAUGAACGAUGAGAACAAAGCUCCAUCAAAUGAUGCCGAGAAGAAUAGCAAAGAAACCAACUCUUCAGGAGGAGAUGUAACCUCGGAGGAAAACACCGAGGCAGGUUCUUCAAACACUAAAGAAACCGAAGAUAGUAGUGCUUCAGAGCCUCAUUCUCAGAGUGAAGACAUGACUUCUGUGGAAGAUGAACUAUCUGAACAAGUUACAGAAUGUAAAAUCGAUGAAGACGAAGAGAAAAGAAAAGCUGCUGAUGGAAAAGGAAAAGCGAAAUCUGGUCCUGAGCCUAUAGUCAUAUCCAUUGUUCUAAAGAUGGCUGAGUUUGAUCAUAAGGUGAAUCAGUUUUUAUGAGGCAGGAAGUUAGUCUUUCUCAGUUGUUGAAUUUCUUGAAUUUUGUUAUAUCAGGCUUUGCUAGAGGAGUGGAUCUCUUCACGUACAUCUGGAGAUAAAUAUACAUCUAAGGAGAAAGAGAGACUAAUCACAAACCUAAAGACCAUUGAAGACUACCUUUGCUCCUUUAAUACACAGGUUUGUUUAGUCCUUCAUCACUCCAACUUUUUCUUUCAGGCUUCACUGUUUUUUUUAACCACUGUUACAGGGAGUGACAGUUGUAAAUAUAUCGGCCACUACUUUCCCACAGACACUAGAUUGGCUUCACAACUAUCUUCUUCAGCGAAUUGAGGAAGGGAUUCGAGCGUCAGAGAAUGAGACGCCGGGCAAAGAAGUGUUGAAGAAUGCUCAAGUCGCAUCUUCUUAAGGAAGAAGCUUCUUGUCACUGUGUAAUCUGAAACAGGAAAUGAGUUUAGUUAUAAAAACAACUCUCUAAAAUGUAUGAACAUGUCUUUCGAUUCAGAAAAACUUCUUUGUCUUAAAUCUUAAUUGCUAAUUCCGUGGCAAUGAUAAAGGAA